AUGUCGAAAAUAUCGUUGUUUAGUUUGUUCUUAGGAUUGCUUUUAAGUGUCGCUGUAAGCAAUGGAAAAAAUUUUCAAAAAAUUAUUGGCGGCCGGUUCGCUAGUAAGGGCCAAUUCAAAUAUCAAGUGUCUUUACAACUCAUCAGUGGAAACGGUUGCACUCAUCAUUUUUGCGGCGGUAGCAUACUCGAUGAACGCCACAUCAUCACAGCCGCCCACUGCGUCACCGAUAAAAAUAGUCACCAAUUUAAUGGUGUCUAUAUUACCGUCGUAGCUGAUGCAACUUAUCUGGCCGAUAAACGGACCGGUUUGUAUCACGACGUCGAGUACACCUUCAUGCCCUACUCUUACAUGCUGAACGGUGGCGGCUCUUUUUAUCAUGAUAUAGCAAUUUUGAGGUUAAGACGUCCAUUACCUCUCGGCAAGAAUCGAAAAAUAAGCGCAGUCAGGUUACCCUCGGCUUAUCAGUAUUUGCCACCCAACAGGCAACUCGCCGUCGUGAGCGGUUUCGGCGUUUAUAGACAAACGCAGUUUUCAAACGGUAUGAUAGCAGAUAGUACGUCCAGUCCAUUCAUGAAAUACGUUUACAUAAGGAUCAACGUGCAAGAUCAGUUCGGCUGCGAAAACACGCAAGUCUGUGCCAAAAGUCUGAAUAGUUACUUGGAGGGCACAUGCUUCGGUGACAGCGGUGGCCCUCUCGUCGAUCACAGUACAAAUACUUUGAUUGGUCUGGUCAGUUACUCGACUUCCUACCUGUGCGGGCAGAUGACUAGAUUCACCAGGGUUUCAUCUUACUUAAACAACUUCAUCUAUAAAGUACUGAGAAAUCGCAUUGAUAAUACUAUAGCGUAUAUUCAAACGAAUCAUAAUAACGAACAAGUUAUCCGGUCGUAUCCUCAUUGUGUCAGGACAAUGGAGUAA